CAAAUCCCCCAAAAGCAACACAACGCUCCUCAACUCUCAAACAAAUCUCUCUCUCUCUCUCUCUCUCUGAAAACCAUUCAUAUCAAUGGCCAAAGGUGGGAAGCUAACAAAGCUCAAGUCAGUGCUGAAGAAGUGGAACUCCUUCAGCAAGCAGAACAGCCGCCGCAGCCUCAACUCCGUGGUCUCCGCCGCGGAUGAAGAUUACUCCACCGACGUAAUAAUUUCAGGAGACCUCCGCCCCGUCUAUGUGGGCAAGUCCAGAAGACGUUACCUUGUGGCCUCCGACGUCGUAGACCACCCGCUUUUCAAGGAGCUGGCCGACAGGUCAGACGACGACACGAUCAACGUCGCAUGCGAGGUGGUGCUGUUCGAGCACUUGUUGUGGAUGAUCGAGAAUGCCGAUCCACAGCCCGAGUCAAUGGACGAGUUAGUCGAGUUCUAUGCCUGCUGAGGGAAAGAUUUAGAAGUUAUGCCAUGUAUGUAUGUGCAUGGUGUGACUACCUUACUGAGGAAAAUAAUGAGAGAGUGGUGGGGGUGAUUAUCUGUGGUCAUCCGCACUGGGUAGAGAAAGUUGUACAUUGUUAAUAGAUCAUCGGCGUCUGAGGGGAAAAAGAUUUGAUUGUGUGAUUUGAUUGCACGGUUGAGGAUAAUUAACCCAAUAUUUCACAUCCGGGCUGGUGGGAAAUUUCGUCAGUUCUGUAAUUCUUCUUUGUUCAUUCUAAAUAUAAUAAAUAUAACUUUUAUGUUUAUUUCUCA